UACGCGAAGCAUGACCAUACAGUCGCUUAUCAAACGCGUGUGCGAUAUGGAUCGUCGAGUGGAUGAUGAGGAUGAGAGCCUGUACCUUCGUGCUGUCCUCGUGUGUGUGGCUCACACCCUUGUUCUUGGGUUGGAUACGCGGGUACAGCCGUGGCUUUGGGUUUUGGUGGAUGAUCUGGCUACAUUUGAUAGAUUCCCCUGGGGCGCGUAUUCGUAUAAGAUGUUAUGCCAUUAUACGCAUGAGAUAGGAACCGGCGAGAAGUAUCACUUCUACGGUCCUUCGUGGGCUUUAUAUGUCUGGGCAUUGGAGCGCGUCCCGGACUUCGGACACAUGGUCGCAGCAUCUAGCGGUGAUCCGACAGCGCACCCUCGGUGUUUGAGAUGGACUUUCAGGGGUAAGCCCCGGCUUCACGGUCUGCGCGAUCUAUUCGAGGGACAGGGUGGUGUCCUGCCCCUGGAGCCCGAUGGUGACGAUCUGUCGAAUCACUACUUCAUAUCAGCGCUGACACCGGGCGAACUCUCAGAACCUGUUCGUCAUCAUCCUCGUCGAUCUGCAAAUUCUGCCAACCUGCAUAUUCAAUCCCCGCCCUUCUCACGUUCUCUGGCUCCGACAAGUCUUCAGAGGCGCUUGUAUCAGUCUCGGCUUCAGACGAUGGAACAUAAUCUUCAUCUACAUUACCAGCAUCCUCCACAAACUGAGGCUCGUGCGUAUAUUGAUCAUCAGCUGGACCCCAACAACGAUCAGUUGUUGGGCGAUCGUACUGGUACGGAUUUGGCUCAUCCCAUGAAGGCCAACCCGUUGACUGAUCAUUACCCCAAGUGA